AAAUACAUAUUGUGAAAUCAUUAUCAGAUAAAUAUAAAUGACGUUGAAAUGUGUAAAUGAAAGUAUGAAAUAUAAAUAAUUAUAUUGAUCACUCGGUCGGGUUGAUCAUAUGUGAAGGAGUGUUACCAGGUGAUGUUGUUCAGUGGGAGGCUUCUAGAGUCAAGACAUGGUGAAACCCAGAAGACAAAAUGGAGGAUACGAAACACAAUAUUCAGUUUUAUCCCAUCAUAAAUGGACUACAGAAGAUGGCAUUGUACGAGACAAAGGCGAGGUUGUACCUAAUCGGCUCUAACAACACCCAGACAAAGUUCAGAGUAUUGAAAAUUGACCGUACAGAAUCUCACUCGUUGAAUAUUACGGAUGACAAGGUGGAAUACAGUCAAAGGCAAAUUAAAGAAUUAUUGUCUAUGAUCAAUGAAGGUAACCGGGCACAGUCUGGGCAGCGGCAGAUGUUCGGUCUCUCCAGAACAGUGUCGGCAUUUGGUAUUGUCGGUUUUGUACGGUUUCUAGAGGGAUACUACAUCAUCUUGGUGACUAAGAGAAGGAAGGUGGCUGUGAUUGGCUUACACACUAUUUAUAAGGUGGAGGACACGACAAUGAUCUACAUCCCUCACGAUUCUGUCAGGAAGCACCACGACGAUGAACCUAAAUAUGUGCGGCUCUUUCAGAAUAUUGAUCUCUCUUCUAACUUUUACUUCAGCUACAGCUAUGACCUAACACAUAGCCUUCAGUAUAAUAUGUCACCACCCAGAGACAUACCACAUGAGCUGCUCUUACGCUUCAAGUCUCCAUCACCUGAUGUGGGAGAAGUAGAGAAGGCCGAGGACUUUCUGAAUUUAUCUGUAAAUUCCAAGGAUUCAAGUGAGGAGCCAGGCAAAGGGUUUAGUUCUCAAUCAAAUAUAAAAAGCAGUUGUAAUGGCAAUGAUACAACAACUGCUUCUGAGAGCCAGAGUCAGACCUCACCGCCUGGCAAAAGAAAGAAACAAGUUCCUUGCUCGUAUGGGAUCCGUAAUAUUCCUAACAACAAGUAUGUGUGGAACGCUUACCUUCUGAAGCCGGUUGAAAGACGUUUACAUCCAGCCUGGAUCUUACCCAUUACCCACGGGUUUGUUGCGCAGAGCAACAUAUCCGUAUACGGACGAUCUUUCUUUUUGACUUUGAUUGCAAGGAGAUCUUGUCGUUAUGCUGGCACAAGAUUUCUUAAACGAGGAGCCAACUUUGAGGGUGAUGUAGCUAAUGAAGUUGAGACAGAACAGCUGGUGUGUGAUGCCCAUGUAACUUCUCUUCUUAUGGGCAGAUUUACCUCAUUUGUUCAGAUUCGAGGUUCCAUACCAUCCCACUGGUCACAAGAUGUGAGCAAGAUGGUACCAAAACCACCUAUUACUUUUGAUGUAAUGGAUCCAUUUGCAGAAACUGCAGGGAAGCAUUUUAACGAACUACUGCGGAGGUUUGGGUCGCCCAUCAUCAUCUUAAACCUUGUGAAGAGACGAGAGCGUCGGCCUCAUGAAUCCAUCCUCAACACAGAUUAUUGUCGUCUCAUCGACCAACUGAACAUCACUCUUCCUCCACAGCACCACAUCCAAUAUGUAGCUGUUGAUAUGGCUCGUAUCAACAAACAGAAAGACGAGAAUGUGAUGAGUCGGCUGUCUGAUAUUGCUUAUAGGGCAGUAAAGAAGACGGGCAUCUUCCAGAGUGCUCCCCCAUACUACAGUCACCAUCUCAACCCUAACACACAUUACCGUCACAUGGAGAGGACUAGCACGCAGGGCAAUUAUAACUUCGGUUCCCGCAGAAAUUUCACGCUAACUGAACGUCACGGCCGGAUGCAAACAGGAGUUGUACGGGUAAACUGCGUUGAUUGUCUUGACCGGACAAACACCGCCCAGUUCUGCCUUGGAAAAUGUGCCCUUGCAUUCCAGUUGUAUUCACUUGGAGUCCUUGAACGUCCUGCAUUGGAGUUUGACAGCGACUGUGUCCGUAUGCUGGAAGAAAUGUACGAGGACCACGGAGACACCCUUGCCCUACAGUACGGAGGGUCUCAGCUGGUUCACAGGAUCAAAACUUACCGACGCACCGCCCCGUGGACGAGCCAGGGAAAUGAUAUCAUGCAAACAUUAUCCAGAUACUACAGCAACACUUUCUCUGAUACUGAGAAGCAGAAUGCAAUAAAUUUGUUCCUGGGUGUGUAUAUUCCUCGUGAAGAACCAGUCCCCAUCUGGGAGUUAUCCUCGGACUACCUCCUUCACCACACACUGACACGAGGGGUGCGCCCUUGUCACAGUCGGAGUACAAGUCAGUGGUGGGACUCAGAUGUGAUGGAGACUCUGCCGGUGCCAGUUGAACAAGCCAGAAAAUCUGUAUCGCUCCUCUUGCCUGUUUCAUCAGGAGAACCAAAGAUUGAUUUGUAUACUGACCACCAUCGACCUUCGGAAUUCUGCAUUUUAUCAGAAUUGUUUAGUUAUCACAUGAGCCACUCUGUGAGAGACUACAUGCCAAACUUUACCACCGAUGAAAGUCCAUUCAGUGUUCGUCGUCGCCCUGGGAAACGUCAGGAAGAAUUGUCGCGUAACCAGAGUUCCACCUCUUCCUCACAAAAAAACCCAGGCAUGACGGGUCAAGCCUCUACAUCCUCCACUACAUCGAGUGGUACCAGUUCAACCGAGAGCGAAGCAAGUGACGAGGAUGAACUGUCUGUGGUUACCACCGCAAGUGACGACGACGGUGAUAACAGUCCAAGCCUCUCCCUGGUGUCCUUCUUCCCGCCCAUGACCGAGACGUACGGGGACUACCUCCACGAACCAUCGAGAGCCGACAAUAGUAUCUAUAAGAGGUAUGAACAGAUUUACAAAACAACAAGUUGUCCGGUGAUCAAGAUGAACCAAAGUACUGGACCUGCAGCUCCCUUGGUGCUCAUUCAACGCUCCAGUUUUUGUUUAGACUCUUCAGUAGAGACAGAUCCCCCUACUGUUGGUCGCCGCUCAAGAGACCUCUAUAAUGGUUAUGUUUCCAUGGCAUCAAAAGGAUCUCAACCACCAGCCAACAGAGAUCUUCUCAUGUAUAGGAAAUUUGCUAGUUUUUCAUGAAGCAGAGUGUAACAAAGGUGAGAUGUAUAGUCACUAUCUUGUACACCUUUGUGAAACAAGACUUGUUUGUCUGAUUUUAUUAUGUUAAACCAUUAAUUGUAUCAGCAGGAGUCUCAAGCUGACUUCCAUGAUACAGUAACUUUGUUUCUCUGGUGUUGAACGUUUCUUACUAAACAUCUUAAAAGCACAUUUUAUCUUAAUAUUUUAUAUACAAAGUUAUAUUCAUUCCAUUAGAUAAUGCCAAAGACCAUUCUUAUUGUAAUGAUUUUAUGUUUUUCACAUUAAAAUAAAACUACUAUACU